AUGACUGCGAUCAACAUAAUACUGGAUGCCAUCGUCGUUUGCAUGCCUCUGUCUGUGAUACAAACUUUGCACAUGUCCUCAGCCCGCAAAGCUCAGGUGUCUGGAAUCUUUCUACUGGGCUUGUCCUGCAUUGUUACCUCAGCGGUACGGGUUUACUAUUUUGGAAUCUUGAAUGACGUAGCCAAUGGACCGGAGACCGAAAGCCAGCGUAAGCCUCAGCUGAUUUGGAAAAACAAUAAGGCUGGCUCGAAACGCUCAGUCGACAAGUCCUUAAGGGCGACUGUCACUGUAACCAUAAAUUUUCUCAUUGAAGCACAAACAUCCACCAACACUGCAUGUUUGCCGACCCUAGCACCACUAUUCCACAGUAGCCGACACGCAGCAUCCGAAGCCCGAACAUGGCGGUCAAUGCUAUCUCUACGACCCAAAGUAAAGACAAAGUCGUCUAUGGUUCACAGCACGGACGUUGAGCAGGCGGGUAAAGAUAGUGGGCGCGCCUGGGAGCACUCAGUAUCAGAUUUAAGUCACGAGGAAACAGUGGCUGGUGACAGCAACGUGGAGCUGAAAGUGAUGGACGUCGUGUAA